AUGUUCCCUGGAGUAUUCCUUACCAUCACACUUGGAUUGAUCACCAUCUUCACGAGUUACCUGGUGGGACAAGUCAAGUUGAAGUACCCACAGGUCUCACACUAUGCCGACGCCGGAAGACUUCUGUUCGGUCGAUUUGGCUAUGAAUUGUUUGGUGCUGCCAUGGUUCUUGAGCUUGUCAUGUCAGUGGGUUCCCACGCACUGACUGGAAGCAUCGCUCUGGGCACCCUUAAUAAUAACCAAGUCUGCUCCAUUGUCUGGUCUGCUGUGUCAGCAGUCAUCUUAUUCAUUCUGGCUAUACCACCUUCAUUCACUGAGAUUGCCGUGCUUGGUUACAUCGACUUUGCAUCAAUCAUCAUCGCCAUUGGAAUCACCAUCAUCGCUACAGGCAUCAAGGCCAGGGAUUCUGCUGGCGGCCUUUCUGGCGUGGAGUGGUCAACAUGGCCUCAGGAGGGGACCACUUUCUCCGAGGCGUUUGUGGCAGUGAGCAACAUCAUCUUUGCCUUUAGCUUUGCCAUCGGUCAAUUUUCCUUCAUGGACGAGAUGCACACUCCAACAGACUACAUGAAAUCCAUCUGGGCUUCAGGUAUCGCCCAGAUUACCAUCUAUACUCUGACCGGAGCGCUGUGCUAUGCCUUCAUCGGCCCAUCGAUCCAGGCUCCGGCUUUGCUGUCUUCCGGUGAACUUAUUUCCAAGAUUACUUUCGGCAUCGCCAUUCCUGUCAUUUUCAUCUCCGGAUCCAUCAACUCGACAGUGGCACUUCGUUAUAUACACGGCCGUUUAUGGAAGAAGUCCAUUAUUCAAUACGUCAAUACCCCCAGGGGCUGGACCGUCUGGAUUGUACAGGCUGCAAUCUUUACCAUCAUUGCCUGGGUCAUUGCUGAGGCGAUUCCCAUCUUUUCUGACCUGCUUUCUCUCGUUUCCGCACUGUUUGUGACAGGAUUUUCCUACUGGAUUCCUGCCAUCAUGUGGUUCUGCUUGCUAUGCAAAAGGGGCGAAUGGUUUUCGGGAAAGAAUAUUUUCAUUUCUCUUGGAAGCAUACUGGCCUUUAUUAUUGGAGUAGUGGCUUUAGUUGCCGGCACCUAUGCCACCAUUGCUGAUAUCAUUCGCGAAACGAAUGACGGAAGCACCAACCGCCCCUUUUCUUGUAGGCGCUAG